UCAAACUGGGCUGUGUAGCGGAAGAAAAGCAUUAUGUUUCGGUCCGUCAUGGAGAGCUCCCUGAAGAUCUUUUACUUUUCUAUCGUGUUGAUCACAUUAUCUGCAGCUCAUGAAGUAAAGAAGAAUCUGACUGGAAUUGUCGGAGGGAACCUCUCUUUACCUGAGCCUGUGCUGGAGUAUGGAUUUCUUUUAAAAAGUAUGAAGAACAUUGCUUUGGUGAAAGACAGAAAACUUAGGUUUGUUGAGGAGAUUUACAUGAACAAACUACACUGGAACAGAAACUCUGGACUCUUUACAAUCACGGACCUGCAGAGGAACGACUCAGGAAUUUAUACCAUUGACUCUAAAAGAGGAAGAGUUUUCACUACUUCCCACAAUCUCAUAGUUUAUGAUCCUCCUCCGACUCCUGCAGUAGAAACUCUGACUGUGAGCUCUGAGAGCUGCUGGUUGAUCUGUUCUGUGGACAAUCUGACGUCUCUGCUGUGGUACAAAGACGAGGAGAUACUGAACCAGAGCAGUUCUGCUGUCUAUUUACCCAUCACUGUCUACAGACAGGACAGAGACUCAUCUUAUAGAUGUGUAGCAGCCAACCUUGCAGGAAACAAGACUCUACAUGUUAAUGUGACGACAUUCUGUUGGUUCAACAAGAAAGAAAGUUCUGAUCAUCAAAGAUAUUACUGGGCUCCAAUUGUCUUCAGCAGCUUCAUUCUGAUCUUUACUCUGGUCGUCUGGAUGAUGAUCAGGAAGGAAAACACAACAAGACAAACACACGGAUGUAUCGUCCAGAAUGGUUGGGAUUCCUCUUCCUUAUGUUUGACAACAGUGAGAUACAACUGUCUCACACAUGCAGAACAUGCCGAAAGACCCAAGGCCAGGAAUCGAAUCUGAGAGGUUCUUUCUGCAAGUCAACAGUGCUUAGACCUGCACCAAUGCAGUUUCAGCACAGAAACGGAUUUAUAGUAAAAGCUUUUUGGAAAACUUCGCUUAGCAAUGUAUAUAUGUUUUAAAAAUCCUGUCAAUUGGUAGGUAUUUAACUUGAAGUUAAACAUUUCCAUUGUCUACAAUUAGUUGUAGAUGUUCAUUGGAAGUGUAAAUUAAGACCUAAUAGAGCUGAGAUUGAGCAAAGCAAAACCUACAGAAA